UUCAUCACAAGAAGACAUGAUAAAGGUGGGGAAACCAAAAGGACAGCAAGUUAUGAGGACAAGAGCAAUGUCGGCAACAUUUUUGGUAAUGUAUUGCGUACUACUAUUUGAUGUAGUCGGUGUCUUAGGAGAUGUCGGGACGGCAGCCUCCUAUGAUCCUCCUUACUUGCCGACAAGAUGCGGUGGAUACAGCGAAGACCAAUUCCCUCCGGGAGACUUGUUUGCUGCAGUGAGUGAUGGGUUAUGGGAUAAUGGAGCAUCAUGUGGGAGGAAAUAUAGGGUAAGGUGCAUCAGUGGCCCAAAGAGGCCGUGCAAGGUUAGAUCCAUAGUCGUGCAGGUAGUGGAUCUUUGCUCACAUGACCCUUGCCCCGCCACUUUGCAGUUGUCUAACAAAGCCUUUACUGCCAUCUCUAAGAUUGAUGCCAAAGUUAAUGUUGAAUAUGCACAGAUAUGAAGGAGUUUCGUGUAUAUAUUUCGAGUUUUCGAAGAGUAUCUUCCUUAGUAUCCUUAGCAGCCAUUAACAUAGAACUGUUGAGAGUUCAUGAUAGUGUAAUAUUACUUGAAUAAAGUGAACUAUUAUAUAUAUGUUUUUUUUUUAUACAAAGCUUAUUUUUACUCA